GAGGCAAGUACGGGCCUCCAAAUUUCUCAAUUGACCCUGCUUCAGUCGCCAGAAAAGUUGACAUCACCGAGACUUUUGGUCAAAUUGGCCCGGUGUCUCACUUGUUACUUUCAACUUAAUCUCCUUGUUUACAUCUCUUUGCCUUCUGGGCCGACACGGUACAAUCAUUCGGUUCACUGGUGAAAAGUCACGAAUAGCGAAAGUAGCCCACCAUGGCGAUGCGCGGCUCACGACUCGGCCUUUUCUCCGCAAGAUUGAUGAAACCGUUCCGCGUGACGAGACAAUGCGUCCGAUGCCUUCACCAGAAAAAUGAAGUCCCACGUGUCCCCUCGCCCACUCCGUUCGUCCCUAAUGUCGAAACCUUUCUCAGUCUGAUCGGCCGCGGCAUGUCAAAACAUGCUAGCAAAUUGCCAUCUUGGGACAAAUUAUUCACAUUUUCCUCCGCCGAACUUCGAGACCUAGGUAUUGAACCUGCACGCCAGCGACGGUAUCUGCUCCGGAAGCGCGAGAAGUUUAGGAAUGGCCAGUAUGGAGUCGGAGGUGACCUCGAGAAUGUGGUCGAUGGUGUUGCACAGUUGAGAGUAGUUGAGGUCCCCUACGAAUUUACUACGAGUUCGACACAAGUCACCGAGUCGUCAUCAUUAUCUUCGUCUGCUACUUCUACGCCCGGCAUGAGAAAAGUCAUUGUGAACCUAAACCCCGACGCUACCGACUACAAGCCCGAUUCGUCGAAGCCGCUGAAAAAGUUCGAGCACAUGAAAAUCCAUAACGGAUCGAUGAUAAAAGGUCCCUUCGUACAAAUAAUGAAGGGUACAAACGGCAGCGCUGCGUUGAUCAAGGCCCAGGAAGGCAUGUGGGAGGACAAGCAGGGACACAAGGUGGAUGGUGGUGAAAGGAGACAAGCCGAAGUCAGGGCUAAAAAGCGCAUUGAAGAGAGAAGAAAGGGACCGGCAUAAAGUCUUUGAUUCAGAAGUAUGUUGGGAAUCGAAAAGUGAAAGCAGUGUAGAGGGAGUUGCAUGGUACCAUUAAGGACAAGGCAGCUUGCCGUCUGCUUGUAUAAUAGCUCCUUAGUCUUCCUUUUGUUCUUUGAGUAUGAAUUGUUAUAAGCCAAUUGAUUAUCAAAUUCCUGCUUAAGCCUACAUCCUAGCGAUAUCAGAGCA